UAAACCCCAAACCCACGAUGAUGUCACACGUUGUUGCCAAGUGUACCAGAGAUUAUUAUGAGGCUCUCUUCACAAGGGCUCUCAGUUCCUAGUCCAGAUCCAUAAAUUGCACAUGAGCAGGAGGCUCGCUGAUUGAGAGAUGACAAUUAAGUAGCAAGUAGUGGCAAGCUGAGUCCACUGGGAUGAGGCUCACAAGCCCUCGGGUGCAACUCUAUCACGGUGCCUCAUCACAACUUGUAUCAUUUCAACACUGGCCAUUUCCCCAGCACUCAGCUUGUUAGAAUGGCCAGCAGAAAGAAAUGCUUGGUCCUAGGAUUUCUUGCAUUUUUGUGGGCUGAAUGGGGCACUGAAGGCCAAGAAGAGGAGGAACAGACCUGCAGGUUGCUGGGCAAGUUUGACUUGAAUGGGUAUGUAGACGCCCAAAACCACUCAGUGAUCAUUGGAGGCCUGUUUCCUAUUCACUCCAGGACCAUCCCAGCGAACGAGUCUAUUUUGGAGCCAGUAUCAGCAAAGUGUGAAGGGUUUAACUUCCGCGGAUUCCGCUGGAUGAAAACCAUGAUACACACAAUCAAAGAGAUUAAUGAAAGGAAAGACAUUUUGCCCAAUACUACUCUGGGUUAUCAGAUCUUUGACACCUGUUUCACCAUCUCCAAAGCAAUGGAAUCGGCAUUGGUACUACUCACAGGGCAGGAAGAAAACAGGCCCAAUUAUCGAAACAGUACUGGGGCGUACUUGGCAGGAAUUGUUGGAUCAGGGGGAUCAUCCUUAUCAAUUGCUGCUUCAAGAAUUCUGGGGUUGUUUUAUUUACCUCAGGUGGGCUAUGCCUCUACCUGCACAGUUCUUAGUGACAAAUACCAAUUUCCAUCUUACAUUCGCACCAUAGCCAGUGAUAAGUUCCAGUCUGAGGCCAUGGUAAAACUUAUCCAGCACUUUGGCUGGGUCUGGAUAGGCACUAUAGCAGCUGAUGAUGAUUAUGGAAAAUAUGGAGUGAAGGUUUUUAAGGAGAAAUUGGAGAGUGUCAACCUCUGCAUCGCAUUCUCCGAGAUCCUGCCCAAAGUCUAUUCCAAGGAGAAAAUGCACAAAGUUGUUGACGCUGUAAGGACCUCCACUGCGAAAGUCAUUGUGCUUUAUACAUCUGACAUUGACCUCAGUCCUUUUGUGCUGGAAAUGGUUUACCAUAACAUAACUGACAGGACAUGGAUAGCAAGUGAAGCGUGGAUUACCUCAGCCUCCAUUGCAAAACCCGAAUAUUUCCCAUAUUUUGGUGGGAGUAUUGGGUUUGCAGUACCAAGAAGUGAUAUACCAGGAUUAAAGGAAUUUCUUUACGACAUACAUCCCAGUAGGGAUCCGAAUGACGUCCUGACCAUUGAAUUCUGGCAAACAGCUUUUAACUGCACCUGGCCCAAUAGCAGUGUCCCGUACAAUACUGACCACAGGGUGAACAUGACCGGUAAGGAAGACCGAUUACAUGCCAUGUCUGAUAGAUUCUGUACCGGAGAGGAGAAGUUGGAGGAUCUUAAAAAUACCUACCUGGAUGUGUCUCAGCUCCGAAUUACAAACAAUGUCAGACAAGCUGUGUACGCGAUGGCCUAUGCCCUGGAUCGUCUGAGCAGAUGUGAGGAGGGACGGGGGCCAUUCAUUCCAGGACAUGGCUGUGCAUAUAUACCUGACUUUGAGCCUUGGCAGCUCAUGUUCUAUAUGAAAACACUUAAGUUUACAACCCACGAUGGAAGGAAAAUACAAAUUGAUAUAGCUGGAGACGUGACUGGAUACUAUGAUCUUCUAAAUUGGCAAUUAGAUGAUAAUGGAGAUAUUGCCUUCGUGAAGGUUGGAGAAUACAUAUUCACACAGUCUAAGUUUGAAUUCAUGAUCAGAAAGAAUUCAACAAUAUUUUGGAAUACCGAAUCCUCAAAGAUUCCCCAUUCAGUGUGUACCGAUCUAUGUCCUCCUGGGACCCGGAAGGGGAUUCGUCAGGGGGAACCGAUUUGUUGCUUUGACUGCAUUCCAUGUGCUGAUGGACAUGUGUCACGGACGGCAGGCCAAAGGGAAUGUGAACAGUGUGGUGAAGACUACUGGUCCAAUGCAGAGAAGAGUGAAUGUGUGCUCAAAGAGGUGGAAUUCCUUGCUUAUGAUGAGGCCCUGGGCUUCACGCUGGUCAUUCUGUCCAUCUUUGGGGCCCUUGUAGUCCUGGCCGUCACGGUUGUGUAUGUGAUCUACAGACACACUCCCCUGGUGAAUGCCAAUGGCCGCGAGCUGAGCUUUCUUAUUCAGGUUUCUCUGACCAUCACAGUGCUGUCAUCCCUGCUUUUUAUUGGCAAGCCAUACAACUGGUCCUGCAUGGCCCGUCAGGUCACUCUAGCACUGGGCUUUUCUCUUUGCCUAGCCUGUAUUCUCGGGAAGACUAUUUCACUAUUUUUAGCCUACAGAAUUUCCAAGUCCAAAACCCGACUUAUAUCCAUACGUCCCCUUUAUCGGAAAAUCAUCAUACUAAUCUCUGUUCUAGUUGAGGUUGGCAUAUGCACUGCUUACUUGGUGCUGGAACCCCCCAGGGUAUACAAGAACAUGGAAUCUCAAAAUAUAAAGAUCAUAUUUGAAUGCAAUGAGGGCUCUGUAGAAUUCUUGUGCUCAAUGUUUGGGGUUGAUGUCUUCCUGGCCUUGCUCUGCUUCCUUACGACGUUUGUGGCUCGCCAGUUGCCAGAUAAUUACUAUGAAGGAAAAUGCAUCACCUUUGGGAUGCUUGUGUUUUUCAUUGUCUGGAUCUCUUUUGUCCCUGCUUACUUGAGCACCAAAGGGAAGUUCAAAGUGGCUGUGGAAAUAUUUGCAAUCUUGGCAUCCAGCUACGGCUUGUUGGGUUGUCUAUUUGCUCCCAAGUGCUUCAUUAUUUUGCUGAGGCCAAAGAGAAACACUGAUGAAAUUGUUGGUGGAAGGGUCCCCGCCAUAGAUAAGAGUAUACAACUGACUUCAGCUUCUUUGAGCAGUGAGCUUAACACCACGGUGUCCGCUGUCGUGGGUGAUUAAAGUUGAAGGGCAUAUGGCCUUCAAGGCUGCAAUGGUGACAUGUCCAACAUACCCUUUCAAAUUGUCCCUGUAGCAGUUGCCUGAUACUCUGGGGUCGUGUUGAUGAUUGUGCUCUGGUGGUUUAGUCUUAGCAUGGUGUUUGAAUACUCAUGUUGUAUGAUACACUUUGGUAUGAAUUACAAUAUUGCUUACUAUUGAAGGAUAAGCUAUUUAAUCCAAACAUUUCAAAGUACUUUGGAAAUAGAGGAUGUGAUAGGCACAAGUUCGAAAACUAUAGCCACAAGUUAGAGAAAAACUUCGACUCGAGUAGGUUUUUGUGCUUUUGAGAAUUUAUUCAAGUCACAUAGUGGGGACCAAAAGAGAUAUUUUGUCAUCCAUCCUGUUAAUGCUUCUCUAAAAUAGCUUUUCUCAGAUUGAGGUAAGAAUUACAGCUUCUAGACUUUCCUUUGGAGUAGGGAAUUUGGAAGAGAAUGCAUGUUUCAGAGAACUGUGGGCACGUAGAGAAUAUUGAAGGAGUUGGUAUACCUGCUCUGGAUUUUCCUGCAAGAGAGUAAAUGGCAAAGUAUCUGUAUCUCAAAACAUUCCUCUGCCUGAAAGACAAAAACAAAGAUAAUUUACAUGUCACCAAGGCAGUUAUUAAGUGGAUUAUAUGGUGAAGUCAUGGGUGGCAAAAAGAUAAGCAUCUAUUCAGCCUUCAAUCUUCCAUGCUUCCAGAGCUUUCCCCACAGCCUUUACAAUCGGUAGAGGAGAACCUGAAUCACAGCACAAAGAGGAGGAGAACUGCUAUCCUGGUCCUUCAUUCAACCCCAGGCUUGGGGUACUUUGGAAAGGAGAGGACGGCUUGUUGAAGUCUAGAGUAACAGGAAAAUGACAAUCAACUUCUAACUUAGUUAUACACACAUCAUCGUGAGUGUUCUCAAUGAGUCACCUUGGGAUCUAAAAAAGUAGGCUGAAACAUGGCUCUUAUCUAGUGAUUUGCUUUACUUUGAACUUAAAAUAUCACAAUUUAAUGUAAUUCAAUUUUCUUCUGAGAUGUUGAUUAUUGAACAUAUGGUUUCUAUAAAGUUCUGUAACUUCAUCUGGGCACUAUACAAGAUCCUGUUUAUUAUCUCCUUUCAUACGACAUGACUCAGCAAUACUGUCUCAUCAGGCUUGUGUUUUUUGCAAUUAUAUUUUCUGAUUGGCAAUUGAUUUGGGAAAUUAGAGAACGUAAAUAUUAAAAAUAAAAUAUCAACAGAACUUGUAUAUUCAAUAUUAAUGUUUACUAUGUAGCUUUAUACUUAUAAGUUAUAGCUUUUAUCUAAAGUACUUUGAGGUAGUCUCUUGUUGAUUUGGUACACAUGCACUAUUACAGAAGGUGGCUUAGAAAUGAAGUUGAAAUGAAUAAUACCCGAUUGUCCAGAAAUGGUUGUUUAAUUUGUAGUAUGGUUGUAUUUCUUAUAAUUAAUUAUUUAUCAAGUAUUAAAAUAUUCUUGUAACCUUCAGAGAUAUUUUCUCUUUGAAUGAAUGUGUCAACUAAAAAUGAAUUCUAGUAAAAUAAAUAAUGAAAUCUCUGCCAGUACAUGCUGCUGUGUAAAAGGAUCUCUGUGCAGGUCGCUUGUGACACUCCCUGCUGACGGUGAGCACUUGUUGGCAACUACAUGCUGGGCCCUGGGGAGAAGCUCAGAAUUAAUUUCAGAGCGUUGCAUCAACAUUGUGUGGUUGCUGGCAUGGGGAGGAGCAUAAAGACUAAUUGCUUGAAACAAAAAAAAUUUGCAGAACAAAACUAUACAUAAGGCUAAUCUUCACACAUACAGGAUUGAAAUCUUGUGGUAAAUGGAAUGUGUAUCACCACUGCUCAAACCCACACUGUAUUUCGUUGCAUUAACACAAAUAAAUUUCCUGAUGUAAAGUGAAUAUAUUAUCAAAAAUGUAAUCUGGUCCUUCUUUCAGGUGAAUAUAUUUUUUUUUAUUAUUUGAAAAGCAGAACUAAGGACA